AUGGACGUGCCUGAGGGUGGAAAGGUCCUCUCAUUGUCACGGCAGAAAUCUCUCCUGUCUGGUCAAGACAUUUUCAGAGAAUAUAACGUGGCUCUUUGUUAUACAGCAGUAUGGCUUCGAGUGAAUCCACCACUAGCAGUUGAACAGAAGCGCUCAACAAGCAGGUUUGUCAAAGAGGUCUAUGAUACUCAGAAACCCAAUAGAAUGAAUUCUAGCCGUUAAUAUAAAAGUAAUAAUUUGAGGGAAGAGUCCAAUGACCAGUCUGAGCAGCGCUCCUGUCUGAUCUGUGGAGACCGUGCUACAGGACUCCACUAUGGCAUCAUUUCCUGUGAGGGCUGCAAGGGCUUCUUCAAGCGCAGCAUCUGCAACAAGCGCGUGUAUCGCUGCAGCCGUGACAAGAACUGCGAGAUGUCACGCAAGCAGCGCAACCGCUGCCAGUACUGCCGCCUGCUCAAGUGCCUGCAGAUGGGCAUGAACAGGAAAGCAAUCAGAGAGGAUGGCAUGCCAGGUGGGAGGAACAAAAGCAUCGGGCCUGUUCAGAUUUCAGAUGAGGAGAUUGAGAGGAUCAUGUCUGGUCAGGAGUUUAAGGACGAGGCCAACUUGGCCGAGCACACCUGGGGCAACAAUGGUGACAGUGAUCACAGUUCUCCUGGCAACGGUGUCUCCGAUGGCAACCAGCCCUCGCCCGCAUCCACACUCUCCUCCAAUCGGUCGGUGGAUCUGAACGGGUACACAGCGGCGCUUAGGGACCAGUACAUCGGCACCGCUGUGGCUCAGCACUACCAGUUGCUUCCACACCUGUUUGGUUAUGCCGCCCAGCCUCGAAGCCUGUACCCACAGAGCCAUACCCUCAUCAGCCAGCUGGUGGCAGCAGAGGAACUGGCACCACUGGGCACACCCAUGCUCAUUGAAGAUGGGUAUCAGGUGACCCAGGUGGAGCUGUUUGCGCUGUUGUGCCGUCUGGCCGAUGAGCUGCUCUUCCGUCAGAUAUCAUGGAUUAAGAAGCUGCCGUUCUUCUGUGAGCUCUCCAUCGAGGAUUACACGCGCCUGCUUAGUGCUACGUGGCAGGAACUGAUCCUGCUGGCCUGCCUGACUGUCUACAGCGCCCAGAUCCUGGGCGACCUCGCCAAUGUAACUGACAAGUACACGCCUACUGACCACGAGCUGCAGGGGUUUAGUGAGGAUGGCAUGGAGGUGAUGGAGAAGCUGAUCUAUCUGUUCCGCAAGUUCCACCAACUGAAGGUCAGCAAUGAAGAGUAUGCCUGCAUGAAGGCCAUCAACUUUCUCAAUCAAGAUAUCCGAGGUUUGACCAACGUGGCCCAGUUGGAGCAGCUGAACAAGCGGUACUGGUACGUGUGCCAGGACUACACUGAGUACAAGUAUCCUCACCAGCCCAAACGCUUCCCGGAGAUCAUGAUGUGUCUCCCUGAAAUACGCUGCAUUGCAGGGAAACUGGUAAAUGUUCCUCUGGAGCAGCUCCCCCUGCUGUUCAAGGCGGUCCUGCACUCCUGUAAGUCCAGCCUAAACAACUACAGGACAAGCUCCUCCCCCUGUGUGACAAAGGGCACCGCCCCUGCCAACUAA